GCCGCGCGUCCGCCCGCCGCGCGCCUUUCUUCCCGACGCCGGGCGCCAGGGCCCGUCCCUCCCGGGGCCGCCGCGCGCCGGGGCCGAGCCCCCGGCUGGGCCGCCCGGGGCCCCGGGAAGCGAGCGCGCGGUGCGCCCCGGCCGCGCGUCCUGCCCCGAGGCGGGCGCUCGGGGAGGAGGGAGCCGCGGCGGCGGAGACGCGCGCGGGGCGGCCGGGGGCCCCUCCGCAGCCCGAGCCGAGCCCGCGCCCGGCGCCCCGGCCCCCCGGCCCCCCGCCAUGCGGCCGCCGCCCUACCGCUGCCGCAACGGCACGUCGGUGGAGAAGGGCAGCUCGGCGGCCACCGGCGGGCUGCUCUUCGGCGCCGGGCUGCUGGGCAACCUGCUGGCGCUGGGGCUGCUGGCGCGCUCGGCGCUGCGCCCGCGCCCGCCGCGCUCGGCCUUCCACGCGCUGGUGUGCGGCCUGACGGUCACCGACCUGCUGGGCAAGUCCCUCGUGAGCCCCUUCGUGCUGUCCGCCUACGCGCAGAACCGGAGCCUCGCGGCGCUGCUGCCCGCGUCCGGGGGCUCGCUGUGCCAGGCCUUCGCCUUCUUCAUGUCCUUCUUCGGGCUCGCCUCGACGCUGCAGCUGCUGGCCGUGGCCCUGGAGUGCUGGCUCUCCCUGGGGCAUCCCUUCCUCCACCGCCGGUACCUCACCCCGCGCCGGGGCGCGCUGGUGGCGCCCGUCGUGGGCGCCUUCUGCCUCGCCUUCUGCUCGCUGCCCUUCGCGGGCUUCGGCAGGUUCGUGCAGUACUGCCCCGGCACCUGGUGCUUCAUCCAGAUGGCGCACGAGGAGCGCUCGCUGCCGGUGCUGAGCUACUCGGUGCUGUACGCCAGCCUGCUGCUGCUGCUGGUCCUCGCCAUCGUGCUGUGCAACCUGAGCGCCAUGCGCAGCCUCUGCGCCAUGCGCCGGCGGCUGCCGCGGCGCCCGCGCCCGGGCCCCGGGGAGCGCGCCGGGCCGGGCGCGGGCGGGAGGAGGGAGGCGGCCCCGCGGCCCCUGGAGGAGCUGGACCACCUGCUGCUGCUCGGCCUCAUGACCGUGCUCUUCACCACGUGCUCCCUGCCUUUGAUCUAUCGUGCUUACUAUGGAGCGUUUCAAGCUGUUUACGAGAAGAAUGGAACUGCUGAAGAGACUGAAGACCUCCAAGCCUUGCGCUUUCUCUCUGUGAUCUCAAUUGUGGACCCCUGGCUUUUCAUUAUUUUCAGAACAUCGGUAGUUCGGAUGUUUUUUCGCAAGAUUGUCAUAAGGCCUCUUAUGUAUAGAAACUGGCACAGCAAUUCUUGCCAGGCUAACACGGAAUCCAGUUUGUGACCGUGUGUUAACCUCUCUGGUAAGCUCAGGAAUAGAUCACAUUUUCUGGCAAAGAACCAUAAUCAAAAAAAACUUACAAUUUAUAUCCUUAAAAGCUAUGUCCCGUAACAAAGCACAUAAAUGUAUUUUCAAAACUAUUUGAUCGAUCUGAAUCAUGUGUUGUCACUCUGUAUUCAUGACCCAGUUCAGUGGAGUUUUUCAUUUUGAGUUGUAAUAGCAGCUACAAUUUCAAAUAUUGUGAACAAUGUUAAAAGUCUUAAUGCAAUGGUAGUAAUUGUUGCAAUGUUUGCACUUGGUGUCCCUAAUUUUUUAAGGAGGUCUUGAGACCUCUGGGUCUUUAUUUAAAUCCAGCAGAAACACCACUGUUUACUAUUAUGUGAUAGGUGUUCUUAAAUUUCCUUAGCCUCUGUAUUUCUAGCGAAACCUGAUUUGUUUAUUUUGUGUCACAAUUGCCCCUGUUUAAUUCUUUUCUUUGCCAACUGAUGCAAGUAUAGCCUGACUUAUAGAUGCUCCUCAGAGAAGAAAGGUGGAAAAUAUAGCUAGGUCAGGCAUUUGGCGGUUCCUUCCCCAGCCACCCUCUGGGAGAACGCUCACUGGUUUGUGUGAAGAGGCAAAGCUAUAAAUAAGUAAACACAAGGCAAGAUGCAACUAUGGUCUACAACCUAGAGAAGAAAAAAUUAUUUUUAUCCUUUGAAAUCCAGUUUCUUGUGUGUUGAGGUAGGGGUGUCAGUAGGCAUGAAAGUUUGGGAGUGGCCUGCAGAAUGUUGUUUCAGUUUUUGGAACUCCAUGUUGCAGGCCUAUCAUGUUGAUGGAUUCUUUGGUGGGGAGAGAUUUAUGGUUCUUUGAAAGACAGUGAUGUAUGACUUCCCGGAGCAUGUUUACCACGCAUGGCUGUGACACAGCGGGCAUUCAGCACAGUGACACGCUCCCCGGGACUCAAUCAGCCUCAGCUGAGAGCGUGGCAGCGACCUUAAUAUCUACCUGUUAGAGCCACACUCUGCCCUUGGUGGAGACGGGAGGACUUUAUUCAGGAUCCUGAGAGAGAUGCUUUCAAGCCGGGGCAGCGUGCGGCUCAGAUGGAGUUCAGCCAAGCACUUUAAUUGUACACAAUGUUUACAAAGGUUCGCAACACUAUGACCCAAAGGGGAAAGUGGGGGAGAUACAGCUGCAGCUGUGAAACCAGAGACUAGACCCAGCUUGCAGGGAAGAACUUUCUCCUUGGCUGAAAGAACACACGGGGGCGUCAGAGGGGUUUUGGCAUCUGUGGGGUCCCUUUGUACCCGACACACUGGGACUCUGAGCUGGAGUGCCAGCUACAUUGGAAUAGCCUGAGACCCCCGUUCAGCCAUCAGAGACCAGAGGAUCUGCCGUGUCUCCAGCUCAGCGGCAGCCCUCGUUUCCACCCCUGGUGUAUCUCAGAGGUAGUAUUAACCUGGAAAUAUAUGUGUAUUUUUUGUGUGUGUAGCAACACUGUGAAACGGCCAAAUUAGGAAUGCGAGAAUUAUAAUCUCAGAGUAUGAUGUGAGGCAAAAUGCCCUUGUUUUCAAGUUUAACUCUCAUUUGUGUAUUUAGUGUGAAGUGCCUGUGCGUUUUGCUGUCAGAGGAAGUGCAUCUUUCUCGUGCUCUUCUUUUGGAAGGAGUGUUAUGAUCAUUGUCAAGGUCAUUUGAAAAGUUCCCAGAUGAAUCAAUAAACAUAACUUUAUAAUAUUUUGCAAAGAAAAUUACUUUUCUUCAGAUGAAAUAGAAGGGUUUAGUUUUUUGGUUUGGUUUGGUUUGGUUGUUUUGAGUAAAGGGCUACGACCAAUCUUUCAU